GGCGGGUAAAUUUGAAUUGAAACGAAACGGCUGCGAUAAGGAAAAGCAGAUCGUCAAUACUGUGGAUAAUAACCUUCAGAAGUAUUGGGGGAAAACAAUAUAUUAAUUUUUACAGGAAGAAAGCCGACUUCUCGGCUUUGUAGGCAUUGUGAAAGGGGCGAUGGAGACCGCGGUGGUCAGUUUGCACGGCCUGUUUGACAAGCUGCGGCACCACGCUGAAGUCCUGAACGAGAGCGUCGAACCUCAGUUCAUCCAGCUGGCGGUGAAUUUCGAGGACUGCCGCCGCAAGUGGCUGAAGAGCGAGCAGGAGCUGGUGUCGUGCAAGGAGGUGCUGGCCAAGGCGGAGACCGAGCGCGGCGCCCUGGAGGUCAAGCUCAAGCACGCCCGCAACCAGGUGGACGUGGAGGUCCGCCGGCGCCAGAAGGCUGAGGCCGAGUGCGAGAAACUGGAUCGGCAGAUCCAGUUGAUCAGAGAGCUGCUGAUCACGGAGGGAUCCACUAGCAUUCAGCUAAACGAAGAGCAGCGAUCUGCCCUGGCCUUCCUCAAUGCCCGGACUCAGGCAGCCCCACAGAACACCAGCCGGAGGUUAACCACGAUUGACGAGUCUGCAUCCAUUCUGUCAGAUAUCAGCUAUGACAAGACAGAUGACUCCCUGGACUGGGACUCUUCAGUUGUGAGAACAGUCCGCCUGAAAAAAAGGGAGAAGAGGCGGUCCUCCAGGCUUCACGUCGAUGGCCCCCCUGCCGCCGCCAAGAGAUCUCGCUCCUCUGGCAAAGCUGCGGACAAGGGGAACGAUUCGAUUGUGGCAAAGACCACAGUAACAGUGCCUGUCGAUGGAGGGCCUAUUGAGGCCGUAUCCACCAUAGAAACUGUGCCCUACUGGACUCGCAGCAGGAGAAAGACUGCCAACCUGCAGAGCUGGGACACGCGCUCUGCCCUGUUGGAGAAUGUGGAGGAGCUGCAGAAGAAGCCAGAGCCAGACCGCUGUGCUGAACCCAGUACUCCACAGGGCACUGGAGGUGUCCGGCUGCAUGAAUUCGUCUCCAAAACGGUUAUCAAGCCCGAGUCCUGUGUGCCCUGCGGGAAAAGGAUCAAGUUUGGGAAGCUGUCCCUGAAGUGUCGGGAUUGCAGGGUGGUGGCUCACCCUGAAUGUCGGGAUCGCUGCCCCUUGCCAUGCAUCCCCACUCUUGGUGGCACCCCAGUCCGGAUCGGAGAGGGCACCCUGGCGGACUAUGUUCCCACCUCCUCUCCCAUGAUUCCAUCGCUGGUGGUUCACUGUGUCAAUGAAAUAGAGCAGAGGGGUCUGCAUGAGACAGGGCUGUACCGGUUGUCAGGGAUGGAUCGCACAGUGAAGGAACUGAAGGAGAAGUUUCUCCGGGGGAAGACGGUUCCCCUGCUCAGCAAGGUGGAUGACAUCCACGCCAUCUGCGGCCUCCUCAAGGACUUCCUGAGGAACCUGAAGGAGCCGCUGCUCACGUUCCGCCUCAACAGGGCCUUUAUGGAGGCUGCAGAAAUCUCGGAUGAUGAUAACAGCAUUGCCUCGAUGUACCAGACCAUCAGUGAGCUGCCUCAAGCCAACAGGGACACGCUGGCUUUCCUGAUCAUACACUUGCAGAGAGUUGCUCAAAGUCCAGAUACAAAAAUGGACAUCUCAAAUCUUGCCAGAGUCUUUGGGCCCACGAUACUUGGCCAUGCUGUGCCCGAUCCAGACCCCAUGACCAUCCUGCAGGACACUAAACGACAGCCCAAGGUAAUGGAGCGUCUGCUGAGCCUGCCUGUUGAAUACUGGAGCCAGUUCAUGAUGGUGGACCAGGAGCAUGGCCAUCCUGACCACAUGAUCAUUGAGAAUGCUAACACAUACUCCACUCCUGAAACCAAAGUAAGCAUGCUUGGCCCCCUGACCACUCCUGAGCACCAGAUAGCUAAAACUCCUUCAUCCAGCUCACUGUCUCAGCGCAUGAAGACGACGCUAAGCAGGAACACUCCCAGAUUUGGGAGCAAGAGCAAGUCUGCGACUAGCUUCACUCGACAGGGCAACUUCUUUGCCUCCCCACUCCUGAAAUGAAGCAGUGGUAGAACGACUAUAUUCCUGAAUCUCGCACUACAAUUCUAUUGCAAGAGUUUGUUUUUUUUACCCUGUAUCAUGCUUCUGAAUCUUGCCUAUAACCCAUACUUACAGGUUUUAAGUUGUAUUUUAUCCUAUUUAAUAUCUUUAUAAGUGAUUACAAAGUUUUUUUUAAAAUAUUUUUAAUACUGCAGUAACGGAAAAAUCAUAACCAAAGGGAGAAACCUGUUUGUUGAGGUACACAGGGAGGAUAUGAUAUCCAUUGCUCUCAAUGGGUUCUACAGAAACUUGGGAUUUGUCUUUCAAGUUUUGCGGUGCAGGUAAUCUUCAAGGAACCUACAAGAACUGUAAAAUUGUGUGUCACCAACAAGAGCUGUAAAGUAGAAUGGAACAUUGAUUUGGAAAUAGUACUAAAAUGUUCAUUUCUGAAAUGUCAAAAUUGUUUGUAUCGUGUACUUUGUUUAACGAGCAAUCCUAAUACAUUUAACCUGAAUUAUAAAUGGAUUGUGGCCAACUUGUGUACUUAAAGUAUUAGACCUGAUUACAUUUUAAGGUUUCAGGAUUUAUAUAAAAGGUGUCUAAACACAACGCUUUACUGGCACUUCAUUGUCAAUGCCCAAGUGAUGCCAGUAGACAUCAGUAUUAUACUAUUGUGGUAUAAAGUGAAGGAACAGUUUUCAAUUCUCCAUCUUUUUAUAAAUAUUGGGAUUGUGAUUCUAAUUUAAGUAAUGAAAACUGCCCUGUUUUUCCACUUGCCUGAAAGGUACACAAUUGAAAAGGCGCAAAUUUAUAUAUGAAGUUACUGAAAAUUCCUCUUGACUCUGGUUGUAGGCUGAUGUUGGUGGAAUUCUGCCUUGGAGGGGAUGGGAAUUGCAAAUGUUGCUUGUUAUAAUUCCAGACCAAUGGAUGUUACCUGACGUGUUUUAGGAUGGAAGGGGUGUUUAUCACCUGCACCCUUCUACAGCUAAUCUUAGCUGUGCUCAUCUUUGAAUUAGUCCAGAUCUAUCCUAGUCUGAUCAAUUGGCUUAGAACAACUUCAAGACAAACUGGUACUCGUAACCCUCAUGGGCUUAGUCUUGUUGAAAUGCAGAAGUACUGGACUUUGUGUUCUAAUCUGAUUACACAGUAAUAAGUGUUCUAUAUGCAUGCUGUGCUAUUCAAAUUUGUCAAAUAUAAAUUUGUCAAGAA